UUCAAGUGGCAAGUACAGGCGGGCCGCGGGGGUAUACAAGGUUUCAGCCGCUAGUACUCCCGAUCCAUUCCGCUCCGGCAGAUCUCUGCGGCUGUACCCAGGCUCCGGACGAUACCACACCGCUCGAAGAUGAUACCGCGCUGGAUCAUUUUGUUAUCGAUCUCUCAACUAAUAAUAUGCACGGAGCAUUAUUUAUUACCCGAGUUACCUCCUGGGGAGGCGCCAGAGCCCAUUCUGACCUUCAUGGAGAAGACAUACUACAGCGGACGAGUCCGGGCUGGGUACGAUGCAGGCGAACCCUUACUUCUGACGCCGUACAUUGAAGAGAAGAAACUGGAAGAAGCGAGGAAAGCCGCAUUUGUUGACCCAGGGUACACCCUACCUGAUAUGGAGAGUUACUCGGGAUAUUUAACUGUGAAUAAAGAGUACAACUCGAACCUCUGGUUCUGGUACUUCCCGGUGGCGGACAAGCCUAUCGAGGAGACACCUUUGAUCCUCUGGCUGCAAGGAGGGCCCGGUGCAUCAUCCUUGUAUGGCCUCUUUACUGAGAUUGGGCCCUUCCGUGUCACUGAAAAUAGUAAUUUAGAAGAGAUGAAGUAUUCUUGGGGCAAGAACCACUCACUGCUGUUUAUCGAUAACCCCGUGGGCACCGGCUUCAGCUUUACCGACGACGACCGAGGAUAUUCCACCAAUCAGACAACGAUCGGCGAGAAUCUGUAUGCAGCUCUGCAACAGUUCCUAACGCUAUUCCCUGAGCUGAGGAAGGCACCUCUAACGCUGGCAGGGGAGUCAUACGCCGGGAAACACAUACCAUCCCUCGCGGUGCAGAUACUCUGGCAUCGGGAGGAACAUGAACCUGUUAAUCUACAGGGUUUAGCCAUUGGCAACGGGUUCAUCGACCCGCUGACUCUGCAGCGCUACAGCCACUUCGUGCGCGAGGUGGGCCUGCUGGACGACAAGGCGGCAGACGCCAUGAACCACCUCGAGACCGCCGUCAUACAGUUCAUUAACAACGGAGAGAUGCUCAAAGCGUACGCGUAUUACAAUUACUUGCUUCAAUUGUUCAUCUCGGAGUCACGACUCAGCAACUUGUACAACUAUCUGCAAGACGACAUAAGCUUGCAAGGUAGUUACGUAGACUUCAUCCAGCGCGACGAGGUGCGGCGCGCGCUGCACGUUGGCAACACCAACUUUACGUCAAUCGGCGUUGUCUAUAAGAAGCUCGUCCCCGAUUUUAUGGGUAGCGCGAAACACUGGCUGGAAGAACUGCUAGAGAACUAUAGGGUUAUGAUCUACAAUGGUCAUUUGGACAUCAUUGUCGCGUACCAUCCAUCGGUGAACACGUACAACGCACUCUCAUUCUCUGGUACUGCGGACUUCAAAUCGGCCAAGAGAAUGCCAUGGUAUCAUGAUGGGAGAGUCGCUGGGUAUUACAAAAGGGCUGGCAAUUUGACUGAAGUGAUGGUCCGUGGCGCAGGUCAUAUGGUGCCGACCGACCAGCCGCCUGCAGCCCUAGGUCUCAUAUCGGCCUUCGUACGCGGCGUGGAGCUCGACAAGGACACUGCAGCGUUGGUUGACGAAAAAAAGGAUACGCAAAGGCGUCGUCAGCUACCCACAAAUUAAUUAUAAAUUCGUAUUUAAUAUUUAUAGUUGUUAACUCGUAUAGGCUAUUUUUGUUU